UAAAGUGCCAACGCCGAAAUUGGAUACAGGGAAACAUUUCCGGUGUCUGAUUAUUAUUAUUUUUUUAUCACAAAGCAUAAGUGUUGUUUUAUCGUUAUCGUUUUUAAUUAAUGGGUAGGGUUUCUCUUUACGGUCCUUUAGUUAUCAUUAGGAAACAAACUAAUACAAUACACGUGACCUCCGGGUACCGAUGUAGUUUAAUUUUAAAUUCGUGAAUUAGGUCAAAGAUGACUGCACUGCUUCUCGUAGUUUCAAAAACGGAGUUAUUUAAUUGUGAACUUUGAGCACACCCUUAAAGAGAACAUAGGAGAGUUUUCGCUGAGAAACGUGUGUUUCAGGUUUAAUACCAACUCUAAAAUAGUACAGUCGUUUUUACAGGAGGUAUAUGAGAUAUUUCGUGCGUUACACACAGAAAGUCCGUCUGUGGAUGCACAUUUAGUAUUCCCUAUGUGGUGCUGCAUAUUUUAGGAAAAGCUACAGCGGAAUAUUUAGAAUUUCACAAAAUGUCCGCACAUUCUGCGGCUGACUGGCCGAAACCAGAACAUACGUUUGUGUGUCCAGGGAAACCGAUUUCGGACUCUCCAGACAACCCGAGGUCGCCGAGAGCCCCGAGUGGCGCAGCCGGGGAAGAGCCGGGGACAGAACCUUUCGGGGAUUUGAAACGGGCACCUCACGACGUCCUGGAGAGAGCGCAGCGGGCCGGGAGGCUGAAAUGUUGCAAAUGCAGGGGGUCAAGGAUGUUCUACUGUUACACAUGCUUCUCUUUAGUAGGUGUAAACCCGGAGGAAAUACCCCAGAUCAAGCUUCCUUUGAAGGUCGACAUAAUCAAGCACCCCAAUGAAACCGAUGGCAAAAGUACAGCUGUGCACGCCAAGCUUCUAGCACCAGAUGAUGUCACCGUUUAUACCUACCCUUGCAUUCCCGAGUAUGAAGACAACAAGCAUCAGGUUGCCUUAGUUUUCCCAGGCCCAGGAUCUGUAACGAUUGAAGAAAUGAUGGGCCAGCUUUCCAAACUGGUGGUUAAGAAAUCUCGGUAUCCUCUGGAACACAACCGCUCCUCGGAACAGCCCCCACAGAAGCGACUGAAGGGUGAAGGAAAUUCGGAAGACGGAGAGUCUUCUGCGAGCACACCCACAGAGCCGGAGGAAACUAGCACCUUGAAAAGAGUGGUGUUUAUUGACAGCACCUGGAAUCAGACUAAUAAAAUAAUCACAGAUGAACGGCUUCAAGCUUUGCUUCAGGUUGAACUGAAAACGAGGAAGACCUGUUUUUGGCGUCACCAGAAGGGAACUCCAGACACUUAUCUCUCUACGAUAGAAGCCAUAUACUACUUCAUGAAAGACUAUCAUGUUCGGUGUUUAUCACAGCAGUACCAGGGGCAGUACGACAAUCUUCUUUUCUUCUUCUCAUUCUUGUACAAACUGAUCAGCAAAGCCAAACACAGUUCUGGGAAGCUGUGAUCUAGGAGCUCGAAUGGCAUCAAGCUGUCCCUCACACGAGUAAAUUGCGAGAGCUAUACACUGACAUAUGGUAUUUCAUAUCCUUAUUGCUUUUAUUUUAAAUUAAAACUGAUACAUUGCAUU